GCGAGGUGCAAGGGAUAGACUUCUUCGGAUAGACCGUAUGGACAUCGUGGGUGUGGGUUUGGCCCAAGCCCGACACCAGAGGCUGAAGGCCCGAAGGCCGGGCGGAGCGUCGCCAUGGCGGACACGUUGGCGAACCUAGGGCAGGGCUCCUCGAAUGCCAACGUGGCGAAGAUCGCCAUUGAGCAACGGAAGAAAAAGGCAGAUGUGGUGGAGCCCCAGGUGAUCAGCGAAGAGCUUCUGAUCGAGGGGGUCGAGGAACCCAUUCGCCCAGAUGGAGAAGCUUGGGAGCCGAUCGACUUCCCACGCGUCACCUCCUUACGCCUCUCCUUCAAGAACAUUAUUGAGAUCUCCAAUCUGAACAACUUCGACUCGCUGCUCACCCUUCGGCUGGACAACAACAUCAUAGAUAAGAUUGCGAACUUGGGUCAUCUCAAGCAGCUCACCUGGCUAGACCUUUCCUUCAACAACAUCCGAGAAAUCGAAGGCCUUGGUGAGCUUCAUGAACUCUUGGACCUCUCCCUCUAUCACAAUCAGAUUGAAGAGAUCCGAGAUCGUCUUGACGGUUGCCCUAAGCUGAACAUAUUGUCGCUCGGGCAUAACAACAUCCAAGACUUGAGGCAGAUUGACUACCUGCGGCAGUUUCAGAACUUGCGUUGCUUGUGCAUGGAUUCCAACAAGAUUUGCCUCGCAGAGUCCUACAACCAACACGUGCUGGCCUACCUGCCGCACCUCAAGUAUUUGGACUAUAUGCUCAUUGACCGUAAGGCAGUAGCCCAAGCACAAGAGGGUUACGACCUGGAAGGCAUCACAGAGGUCCGGGAGAAGGAGCAAACAGAGCAGGCCAGACAGAAAGCGCUAGCAGAAAAGCAGGCUGUCAUCGAGAAGCUGAAGACGGCCUUUUUGGACUGCACUGAGAACUUGUUUGAAGAGAUGUUCUCCAAGGAAGUGGAGCCCGACAACGUGCUCGCGCUUGCCUGUUACCCGGGCCUAAAGGAGGAUUAUCGCGACAAGCUCUCCGAAGAGAUCAAGGGCCUAAGGUCCCGGAUGGAGGAGAAGAAUGACGUUCGCUUGAGGAAGGUGGUCGCCUUUGAGAAGGCGGUGUAUGCUGCAGAGACGGAAAGCGAGGAGGAAGCCUUCCAAGCGAUCAGGGACUUCAAAAGCUUGAAGAAGAAGGUUUUGUCGCAGAUCGAUCGUGAAGAUAAUGAUCGCCUGCGGUCAGAGGUGGAUGAGUUGAUCAAGCAACUUAUGGAUCAGCUCUCUGGGUUGGAGAAUCAUUUGAUGGCCAAUGAGAUCCAGGUCCAGGAAAGCAUCGAAGAAGCGCUCUCAGAUUUUGAAGCUAAGAUCAGCGAUUUGGUGAAGGGCAUGCUGGACAACAGCCGAGAGUUCUUCCAACGCCUGGAAGAGUUGGAGAAGAGCUUCAUCACUGGUUUGACCGAAGGCGCCAACACGGAGAUCGAAAGCUUCACCCAAGCAUCUGAGUCGGCCAUGGCAGACACCGACCCGCAGAAGGCGAAGUAUUUGAACAACCGUGAGGAGAUGAACCAGGCCUUGACCAAUUUCACAGAUGCUCACAACAGCUUGAUCCAGAACAAAGAUGACUACAUGAACAAUCAGAUGAACUCUUGGAAUCGCAGCUUCUUUGAAAACCACCGCGGGCGGCAGUACAACCGCAAUCGCCAGCGAGUCAUGGACAUCCGCCAAGUCAUCGAGGAGUGCCGCUCGGAGAUCCAGGCGGCCAGUGAAGAUGGCAACGAGUAUGAUGAGGGCGACCUCGGAGGUGUGGACCCGUAUGGCCGCUGAGGGCAGAAUGCAUGAUUCGUCUCACCAACCUGUGCUGCAGAGACCUUGUAAAAAGA